AUGUCGAACACUGGAACGGGAAGCCCUCUCAAACAUCCUUUGAAAGCGGCCUCAGAAAUAGCCGGAAGCCUUGGAGUAGAUCCUAGAGCUGCGCAAAGAGCUAGCCUAUUCCAAGGUGCUAACGACGGACCGGCGAUUACUGCUGCCAAAAUCUCCGGUGUUAUCGCGGCGCACCAGCGAAAGGAUGAUGGACCAUACUUUACGAACAACGAAGGCGCCCCUUGGCCUGACCCAGCACACUCUCUAAACGUCGGUGGCAUUCCCGUCAUAAGCGAUACGUUUCUUAUGCAAAAGCAACAAACUUUCAACCGGAGUAAAACAUUGGAGCGAAUGGUCCAUCCUUGCGGUAGCGGUGCGUUCGGAUACUUCGAGUGCACAAAACCAGUUUCAAAUUUAACUAAGGCUGACUUCCUUCAAAAAACUGGCCAAAAAACUCCUGUGUUCGUCCGGUUUUCGACUGUCACAUUUGGAAAAGAGUUUCCGGAUGAGGGUCGUAAUCCUCGUGGGUUUGCCAUCAAAUUUUACACCGGCGAAGGAAAUUAUGAUAUUGUUGGGCUCAAUUGGCCGAUUUUCUUUUGCCGAGAUCCCAUCCAAGGACCGGACGUUAUUCGUUCCCAACAACGAAACCCAGCCAAUUUCCUCUUGGAUUUCAAUAGCCUUUUCGAUUUUCUGGCCAAUGUUCCAGAAAGUAAUCAUGCCGGGAUGAUGUUUUUCAGUGAUCAUGGUACCCCGGUUGGAUGGCGCUUCAAUCACGGCUACGGUUGUCACACUUUCAAAUGGGUUAAUGCGGAGGGAAAGUUCGUUUACAUCAAGUAUCAUUUCCAGGCGGAUCACGGACAGAAACAAUUCACGUGGCCUGAAGCCGUCAAGAUGUCAGGGGAGGAUCCUGAUUUUUCAAAGCGCGAUCUGUGGGAGGCGAUUGAAAGUGGUACUCCUGUGACCUGGACUGCUUGCUACCAGGUAAUGACGCCAGAAGAAGCUGAUCCGGCGCUUCUUGGAUUUGAUCCAUUCGAUGUUACCAAAGUUUGGCCUCGAAAGCAAUUUCCACUCCAUGAAUUUGGAAAGCUUGUUCUAAACAAGAAUCCUGAAAAUUACCAUCGAGAUGUUGAACAAGCGGCAUUCUCGCCGGGUAGUUUCGUCCCAGGUAUUGAAGCGAGCCCUGAUAUGCUGUUGCAAUUCAGGACUUUCUUCUAUCGUGAUGCGCAAUAUCACAGACUUGGGGUCAAUCUUCACCAAGUUCCCGUCAACUGCCCCUUUAUGGCCUCCUCAUACUCCUCGAUCAAUUUUGACGGGCCAUUGAGAUCUGAUGCCAAUACUGGUGGAAAUCCGCAUUACGUUCCCAAUAGCUUUGUCAACAAGUUCUCUCCGGACAAAGCUGAGUGUCCAGUCGCAGUUGCUGACAACAUCCUUUCUCGUCAAUCCCAUCACUUCCAUGAAGGUAGCCCAAGUGAGUAUGACCAAGCCAGAGAGCUAUAUCUUCGUGUCAUGAGUAGCGAACAGAGAGCUAGGCUACAUUCGAAUACUGCCGUUUGCCUCAAGUGGUCUCGACCUGAGGUGCAGAAGGCGUAUUUGGCUCAAUGUUGGGCGAUCAGUCCUGACUAUGCCAAAGGCAUUUAUAAUGAAUUGCCAGAGAAGAAGAUUCAAUUGGAAGAUGUCGAAGCUUUAGGGGCGGAAGCGGCGAAGCAAGGAAAGUGUAAGGCGUUUACUCCAACCUCCAAAAAUCAUAGAUUGGUCGGAAAGGCUGUUCCAGUUCUUGUCUCUUCGAAGUAA